UCUCGGCGGGUAUAUCAGGUGCCCGCGCGCUGCCUCCCGCCUCUCCGCCGCUCCGCCAGGCCGCAGCCCACAGCAUCCGCCGCCAUCCGUGCCCCCCGCCAUGCCGCCCAAGUUCGACCCCAACGAGAUCAAAGUCGUGUACCUGCGCUGCACCGGCGGAGAGGUCGGCGCCACCUCCGCUCUGGCCCCCAAGAUCGGACCCCUCGGCCUGUCUCCCAAGAAGGUGGGUGAUGACAUCGCCAAGGCCACGGGCGACUGGAAGGGGCUGAGAAUCACGGUGAAGCUCACCAUCCAGAACAGGCAAGCUCAGAUUGAGGUUGUUCCUUCUGCCUCUGCUCUGAUUAUCAAAGCUCUGAAGGAGCCUCCUCGUGACAGGAAGAAGCAGAAAAACAUUAAGCACAGUGGCAGCGUCAGCUUUGAUGAGAUAGUGAACAUCGCGCGGCAGAUGCGGCACAGAUCCCUGGCUCGGGAGCUCUCAGGGACCAUCAAGGAGAUUCUUGGAACUGCCCAGUCUGUGGGCUGCAGCAUUGAUGGCAGGCACCCACAUGAUAUCAUUGAUGACAUCAAUAAUGGUGCAAUUGAGUGCCCAGCUAGCUAAGACUGCAGAAAAGAAGUUGCUACACACAGGCUCCUUCAGUUUUCUGUAGCACUUAAUAAAAUUUGCAGUUGUCUGCAAACAGCGUUGCUGGCUUCAUUUGUCCUGUCCCAUGCGGCCUUAGUGGGUGCUGGCUGGGGACCACCUGCCCUC